AUGUAUAGGAAUGCGUACCAACGCGGGAUGCUUACGGUGUUUUUCAGUGUUGGCUCAAAACCAUUAGCUAUAUGGGAUACUCAUACUCAAGAUGGGUAUAUAACAAGGUUUUUGGACCAAGAUAUUAAGUCAAUGGUCUUAGAAAUAGGUGGAACUAAUGUAAGUACUACAUACAUUACUUGCCCGAAAGGCCAUAUGGUUCUAGGUAUUACGAUGCCGUUUUUAGUUAUGAUAGUGAAGAAUCUGAAAAAGUACUUUUCAUUCGAAGUGACUAUUCUUGAUGAAACAGGAACUCGAAGAAGGUUUCGAGUAUCGAAUUUUCAAAGCAGCACUCAAAUUCUACCUCUCUGUACAGUAAUGCCUAUCGGCCUUUCUGAAGGGUGGAAUCAAAUUCAAUUCAAUUUAGCAGAAUUUACUCGUCGCGCGUAUAAGAAACAAUAUGUUGAAGUACAAAAACUUAAGAUUAAUGCUAAUAUUCGACUUCGUAGAGUUUAUUUUACUGAACGUCUAGUACCAGAGAAUCAAUUACCACCAGAAUACAAAUUAUAUUUUCCGCUUACGUCUAAAUAUGCUAAAGAAAAAAAUGCCAUUGAAUCAAAUGCAGUUGAUAAAGAAAAUGUGAAACCGUCUACAUCUCAGUCUUUAAAAGAACGUAGCACUACACAGAGUCGUGAACGUUUAAGAAGCAAAGUAGACUUAGUAAGAAGUUCUAAAACUUCCAUUUAUUCUAUUAAAAAAGCACCGUCAAUUGAAACUAGAAGAGAUUCAAGAACAGUUACUGAAUCUGUUCAAGAAGAAUCAUUUAAGGAAGACAAAGAACAAAUAACAGAGGAGUCUAUAAAUAAAGAGGACAUUGAAGAUAAUAAAGAGAAUAUUGAAGAUCAUAAAGUAGGUGAAGGUGAUAAAGAGGUAAAUAAAGGUAAUGAAGAAGUAAGUGAAGAGCAUGAAAACGUGGAAGAAGUAACUGCGGUUUAA